ACCGACAGAUGUCGUCACAUGUGUUGUGAAGCCAUUUGUCUUGAUUUGUCUGUCAUUUGAAAUGCCUUUCGAGCAAAGAGUCAUUUCUCCCGUCGGAGUCGGCCGUCGAUGUGUUCCCAUUGAUUCGCGCGGAAAUCUGGCCGUUCAAGUGCCCAACGAACUCGAAUGUGUGACCAACGGCACUCUGGCCAACAUCAUACGCCAAUUGGCGUCGUUGUCUGCAUUUGCCGAAGACUUGUUCGGAGCGGUUCUCUUGGAUGCGUCUCAAUUGGUUUCGCGUGCGAAUGUCUUGCAGUCGAGAAUCGAUAGAUUGGCGGUGAAAGUGACGUCAUUGGACUCUUCGGUUGAAGAAGUUUCGUUACAAGACAUUCAUUUGCGAAAAGCGUUUCGUUCUUCUUAUGUUUUUGAUCAGCAAGUUGUGGCCAGAGAAACCAUUCCCGAAUCCAUUCGUCAAGUUUACCGACAUUGCGAUCGUCCGCCAUUGUUGUCCAAACUGAACGCAUAUCGAGACGACGGAAAAGACGGACUCAAGUUCUAUACGGAUCCGAAUUACUUUUUCGAUUUGUGGAGACAAGAAAUGCUUGCAGACACCGAACGCGCGCUUCAAGACCGCCGAAGAGUUGUUCAGAAAACACGUCAUUCCGAUCAAAAAAAGACGCGAAAAGUUCGUCCGCCGAAUAAUACUCGCGAAAGACAGCGACAAAUGAUGGCAAACGCCGGAGAAUUCAUUUUGGAUGAACCGGAAGACGUGUCGUCCGGUCGUCGUCCGGAUUCUCUUGAAAUUCAAAUUCCAUUUCCAAUGAAUUCCAUUUCGAACGAAGUCUUGAAAAUGAAUAUAAAAAACGUUUCGAAUAUUCCAGAAAACGAUUGUUUACUAAAAGAACAAACUCUUCAACUUCAAGGACAACAAACAACUCAACGAAGACUUACUUCCGCUUCUUUGGCUCCAAUGACACGCCCAUCACAACCACCCCCUGCCCCGCCCUCUCAACCCAAUUCCCAACCCAACUCUCAACCGGCCACACCCUCGCACGGAGUUGUCGUCCCGAACGACGUUCAGCGCACGCGUAACCAGAGAGACGCGUUGCCGCCUCCACCGCCGCCUCCGGUUCAGGAGGUGAACGGAGAAGCGCCGAAUGUUGAUCCGCCGCCUCCACCACCCCCUCCGCCAAACAGUUCUCCUUCAGAUCAACAAAAAGCGAAUCAGUUUUUAUCAGAUUUGAAAUCAAUUCAAUUGAAAAAGACUUCAAUUGUUUUGAAACCGAAAGAAACUGAUCCGCGAUCUGAUCUUUUGGCCGCCAUUCGCGAAGGCAUUCAACUGAAGCGCGUUCAAGACGUUCAAAGACGGGAAGUGGAGAGAGCGACUCCUCUGCACGACGUGGCCUCUAUUCUGGCCCGAAGAGUUGCCAUCGAAUUAUCGGAUUCUGAAGCGGAAGCCGAAGAAGCGGAUGAAGAAGACGACGCCUGGGACGACGAAAGCGAAUGUUAAACAAACUGUUUAUUUGUAAAUAAACAUCAGUUUCCGUAAAAUGUGUCUAAACGUAG